AGGAUAAUGAUUAAUACUGAAGUAGACCGGUGACACAAUAUGCGCAUGCGUUCUAUUACUUUCAGUCGUCCAGCAAAAUUUGAAUUGAAGAUUAUUGUCUUGGACUUUAUAACUGAAUUGAAUAAGCUAAGGAAAUAAUUAUAAAAAAUUGUGGUACAAUUUAAUUUUUUCAAUAAAAUUACGUAUAAUUCUCAAUUAUUAUGCUAAUUGCAUUGGUGUAAUAUUUUUGCAUCAAUUGUCAUAAUACGACAAAGGUGUACGCAUUAGAUGCCUAUAGAGGACAAUGGGAAAUCGAUAUGGCUUGGAUAUGGUACGUGUCACUCGUACGUCUGAAAGCGUUUAUUCACGUAGUCAAUGCGUGAUUGAGUGAUGAGUGCAGCACGUCGAAUUCUGAAGAAUUGCAUUCGGCAGAAUUGGAAGCGGAGAUCAGGCAUUACGCCAGCAUUGCGAAAUGUCGGGAAUGGGGAUCUCAUGAUCUUGACUAGGAACAACGACCUGCCAGCCCCAUUCGUAUCUCUACGGUGAAUGAGAGAGAGAGAGAGCAUCGAUUAACUUUGCAAUUGACAUUAGGUUUCUCGAUAACGUGGCUUUGAAUUAUCGCCUAAGAUUAAUUUUCCCCUUGGAACAUGCAUAUCGUGGUGUUGAUUUCAUUUUUCGAAUGUUGAAAAGAUUAUGAAAGCAUUAAGAAAUAUCAAUGACAUAUAAUUUUUUAAUUAUGCAAUUAAUUGUAUGCAAUUAAAUUAUAAACAACAUUCAAAGAUUAGAUUUUUUUGUUAGGACAUUGGAAAUAUAAUAGCUAUGUUACAAAUAAUUAUAUUAAUUACUUAUAUUAUUAAUUCAUAUUAUUUAAUUUUUUAUAAAAAUUUAAAAAAGAUUGCACAAAAAGUACCAUUACUGUUAUUACAUAUAAAAAUUUAUUAUACUAUAAUAUAUAAAAUUUUCUAUUUAUCUUUAAUAAAUUAAAUUUAUUUCGUGAACAGUAGAUAAAUAAAAAAAAAGUGUAUGUGCGAUUCAUUUAAAAGAAAUUUAAAUAUAACUUUAAAUGGAAUUUCUUGGCGUAUUAAGCGUACAUACUAAUGAAUUAAAAAUGUAUAAACAAUAAUAUAUCUAGUUUUAUUUGGUAUUUCAUGCAUCAUUAUGUUUGAAUAUAAGAAUUACAUAUACAUAAUAUCUUUAUAUGUUUAUGAUCUACAUAUUUAUUUUAUUCGAUAUUGCGUUAUUAUAUAGUUUAUUUUUAAUGUGCUAAUAUAAUUAUCAGAGGUUAAAAUCAUUACAUUAACUUCUGACCUUGUUUAUCGAACCAUCAGAAUUAAAAAUUAAUGUAUAUUUAUCUUCACGUAGUCAAACUUUUAAUUUAUAUUGUUAAUUUUUUCUACUUCCAUUUUUAUUAUUUUUACUAUUGUUUGCAAAAUAACUUUACAAAUUUUAUAAUUUUAUGAUAAAUUUUAUAAUAAUAUAACAAAUUUUAAAAUAUCACUUUUAAUUAUUUUUUUUAUUAUUUAUUCAAUUGACAAAUCUAAAAUAAUUCAUUAUAUUUCUAACAUUUUGAUUUCAAGUAAAAUUGAAAUAUUAUAGUUUAUGUAGUUAAAGUUAUUUUAAAAUUUAAUCAAAAUAAAAUAAAAUUAAAAUAAAAUUAUAAUGAUAACAAGAAACUAAACGAUAACUUUAUCGAUUUAUCGACAUACAAUCAAAUUAUUCGUUCAGUAUGUCCACAACCAGAUGGCACUAAUAUAUCAUCUCUAUCAGAUAUACACAUAAACCUUACUUUUUUCUUAAUAAUUUUUUCUCAAUAAAAAAGAAAAAUAUUUUAAAAUGAUUAUAAUUGUAAAAAGAAAAAUAAAGAAGAAUUUAUAAAUUUAACAUCAAAUAGUUGCGUAAGACUUAAAGAAUAAAUUAUCAUUUUCUUUCAACAAAUAUGUCUUUACUUGUCAGAAGAUAAUUAGCAAAAGUAUAAUUUUAUAUUAUAUGAUCUGUGAUGAAAUAAAAACAAAUCAAUAUAAUCAUUGAAUACAUAUAUGAUUCAUCAUUAAAACUGAAUAUCCUGUGUAUAUAUUAAACUUAGUUCAACUGAACAUUACGUUAACAUUUUAUAAGAAUUCUUGAAAACAUUAAUUGCAAAAACCUCUUGGCAAUUAUUCUUUUACUUAUAGAUUUAUAUCGGAAUUAUAACCGUGAGUUCCGUAUAUUUUUUGGCACUUAUAUUCUCCUGAAAUUAUGUGAGAAUGACUUUGGCAAACGGCCAAUGUUCCGCGGACUAUGCGGAGACAACAUGUACGGAGCAACGAACUUUGGGAAGCAUCACUUCGAACAAGAUUCUUUUUCUUUUUCUUUUUCGUUUUAGAUUUUUAAUUCUGAUAUUGUGAUUCCUUUUUCUUUUUUAUAUUUUACUUAAUAUUAUUUUAACUCGUAUUAAGUAAAUCGUGCCAAUAAUUUUCGUCUUUUUCUAUAUAAUAAAUAAUAAAUAUAUAAUAAAUUCUCUAUAAUAUAAUAAAAUCUCUAAGAAUCAAUGCAAAUAUUACUAGAUUAGAGAAAACUAAUCACAAAAAUUAUUUUCGAAUUUAUUACAGUUUUCGAUAAGAAAUCAAACGUUUUGUUUAAUUAUCGAAUAUUAGAAGUAUCGUUUCUUCAAUGAAAGCGAAAAAUCGCCUCAAGCCAUAAUACUCCCGGUGUAUAUGUUACGAAUGUGUGAAGAGAUAAAGUAUUCUCAAUGGUGUGCUCGAGAAACAUUCUUAACAUCGCACGCGAGCGAUCGUGGCCACGAGUAUCCAGUUAAUUCCACGCAAGUGGUUGCUUUUGUGUUAUCAACGGCAUAACGGCAUUGUUACGAUAAAACGAAAUUAUGCGUAUGCAAGUAUCAUUGCACGGAAUAACCCGGUUGAACUCUUUAGUAGUAUCGCAUCCUUGUAAGAUGACUGUAAUUCAAGCUGAAUAUGUUGUCGUUCUAUAGAGACGACCGAUUACAUCGAUUUUCCGCGACGCAACGGUCGAUUUUGAAUCAUAAUUACCGCAUUCAUCUCACGUAAUACGUAGAACGCCUAAGCACGUCGCAACGGCAACAUGAAUACCACAGCUCGGUGCAUGUACAUAGAUUUAAUCCGCGGACGAGUAACUUUGUUAGAAGUAAUUUUCGGCGAGUAAGAAUAAUCUCGGGUUCACGCGUCGCUUGGAGCUCUCGGCAGUCGGAGUUAGGGCGCUGCCUAGGCUCGAGGUUAGGGUUGUCGGGAGUCGAGAGGAGCCAUGGAAGUUUGGGGUUAACGGUAUGGUGGUACUGGCGGCGACGGUGGUGGUGGUGGUGGUGGUGGUGGUGUGGUGUGGUAUGGUGGUGGUGGAAAUGGUGGUGGUGAGCGAGCAACUGCGCAGAUCCCGAAGUCUCUCAGCCGCGAGUACGUAGGCAAACUCGGAUUCAGUGAGGACUGACUGUUCCCGUUUGCAGUGCAGCUCGAAAUCUCAGGGAGAAACCGCGGUCUUUCGUCCUCUCUUUUUCCUUCUCUUUCUCUUUCUGUCUCUGUCUUCCUGUCUCUCUCUUUUUCUCUAUCUAUCUAUCUUUGUUCUCUGUCUAUCCGUCCUACUCUAGCCAUCCACUUUGCUUCUCCCGUGUCUUUUGUUGUUAGUUUCUCUCACCGCGGCAAAGUACGUGCUUAACUUUUUCGUUCGACCGACCGUCUGUCUAUCUCUGACACGAAGUUCGUGCACGAACCACUGUUUCGAUUCUUUUCGAAGCCAGUCUACACGCUAGCUUGCUUGCGGACCGAUGUACUACACGAACGAGUGGGGCUCGUGUCUCGCGCAAAUUCCGGCUGUUCCCCAUGGCUAGUCACGUGGCUGGCCAGUGAUUCGAAAUCUGGUUGGCUUCGUUUCGCCGUACAGUGCGUUCCGGAUGAAAGGUGCGUGUGCCAGUUGAUCAAGGCUCGCUCAACCGUUGGACUUCACUCGUACGGGACGGAAUCCAGAGUCCCGGCAACGUGUGUGCGAAAUCGACGGUGGACCGCAGGUCGAUGUGCACAACUCUGGGGAGACGUACUGAAACUCCACGUCCGUCUGUGGCAGUUCCAGCGAAGGAGGAGUUCAUAUGGAAUGGCAUCGCGUGGACCCUCGGCGACGACGACGGUGGCAAUCGCGAUAGCGAUGGCCGUGGCGAUGUCGGUGAUGAGUCAGGCGAGCGGCCUUUGCCCGACUCAGUGCCGCUGCGACGACGAGAGCUUGCGCGCCUCCUGCGCUUACGCUGGCCUCGAGGUCGUCCCGAUCCAAUUGAACCCGGAGAUCACUCACUUGGAUCUGUCCAACAAUCGCGUGGCCAAUAUCCACCUGUCGUUCAGCUUCUACGGCAACCUGGAGGCCCUCGAUCUGACGUCGAACGCGAUCCACACACUGGGCUCGGACAAUUUCGUCUUCCAAAAGAAUUUGGCCACGUUGAACGUGAGCGGGAACGCGAUAAGAAACUUGACCAAGAACUCGUUGCAGGGGUUGGCCUCGUUGAGGGAGUUGAACCUUGCGGGCAACAAUAUAUCGGACAUGGACGAGCAAGCGUUUAAAACGACGAGCGAGUUGGAGACGUUGAAUCUUAGCGACAACUCGAUCACCAGUUUGCCCGAGGGGUUGUUGAAGAAUCUGCACAAAAUCCGCGCCCUGAUCCUCAAGGGCAACUCGCUGCUCGAGAUCCCCACCGAAAAUUUGGCCCUCGCCCCAAGCCUGGAGAACGUGGAUCUGUCCGACAAUCUGAUCCAGGAGCUGGACAGGGACUCGCUGCCCUCGUUGCCCUCCUUAGUUUCCCUGGACCUGGCGAACAACGUUAUCAGGAACAUCGGUGACGACGCGUUCGACCGGCUGCCGGACCUCCUUCGCCUGGAUCUGUCCGGGAACAAUCUCACGUCCGUGCCCACGCCAGCUCUUGCCAGGCUCAACGUCCUGUCCAACCUGAUCCUGAGUCGCAACCCGUUGGCAAUGUUGGACGCAGCCGGCUUUCGCAAUCUCUACGAGUUGAGGAGCCUCGAGUUGAAUGAUUGCACCAUCAUUAGCGUGCACGCGCGCGCUUUCGCCGACAACGUGAACCUGGAACGGAUCUCGUUGGACGGUAACCGGGGUCUGAAGGAGUUGCCCGCGAGGGUGUUGUACAGCGCGAGAUACCUGAAAUGGGUCUCGCUCCGCCGUUGCAGCCUCUCCACCUUACAGCCGACCCAAUUCCCCGUCGACGGCCUCUCCUCCCUCCGCGUGGGCGGCAACCCCCUCGUCUGCAAUUGCUCCGUGCACUGGCUGUGGAACGUGAUCAGGGCUGAGGAGCGGCGCAACGAGUCCAGGCUCGAGCUCGACACCCACGACAUAAUCUGCACGGACGAGGAGUUCGCCGGCAAAGCCCUGGUCGCCCUGCCCGAGGCUUCGCUCAGGUGCCGGCUCAGCCCCCUCUAUCUCUCCCUUUCGGCGGCCGGCUGCCUGGCCGCGACGGCGACCAUCCUCGCGCUCAUAGCUCACCUCACGCGCUCCAAGAGGAAGAAGAGGCUGGCGUACGCGGCCCCCAACCGCCCGGAAUUCCUCGUCUACGUGGGGAGGAGCAACGACGAGCUGGACAAGAGCGCGGAAUCGUACAGCAGACGGUUGCUGGCGCGGGGGAACGAGGACGGCAGCAGCCCGUACGACAGCCCUGGGGGGCGGAAGGUCGGGGCCCAGGACGCGAACGUGUACGAGACGCCUAGAUACGCGAGGCCGAGUCGUCGAGACAAGUCGAGCGAGACGUUUACGAGACCAGGGCAGACGGAGGAGGGUGUGUACGCCGUUGCCGACGUGACCGAUCUCCACGGCGACGAGCCAGUGGAGGAAGUGCUGUCCCUGUACCGGAUGCAGAACGUCCCUCCGACCCCACCGACCUCCAACCUCCAUCGAAACCUCGACUAUGCUUACGACUACGAUUACGAUUACGAGCCGCCAGUUCCGCACAAACCUCACGUGGUGUUCGUUUGAGGGAAACGACGAUCGAAGCUCGCUGGAGACGUCUCUCCCUACGUAACGAGAGACUUGGCUUCGUUCGAGGGGAUACACUUUGCCUCCCUCGCUGGAUUCGGAAGAUUCAGAUAGGGAAUGGAUUGACCUGUGUCUGACUGCGUUGUCUGGCGAGGUACGAGAGAGCGGAGAGGAGAUUUAUUCUAACCGAUUGACUUGAUUCUUAACUCUAUCUCUCUCUCUCUGUCAUUUCGUUGGUCGCGGACGAGUAAAGUCGGUUCAAAUUAUUCGACAAUGCGUAUUGUAAUCGUAGCGGGUAGGAGGAGGCACUCGUGGCCCGCUGUGAGGGUAAAGGGUGGGGGGAGAGGGGAACAAAUGGUGGACUGGAACUCGUGGUGGACGAGGUUCAAAACGAAAUGUCUUCCGAGAGAUAGUCGCGCCGCCGGUGAACAGAACAGAAUGCAUUUUCGCUGGGGGAACGCAAUCUGACUCGGAAUGUAAAUUGUACGGCGCAUAAACGUGGCCACCGUUGUAUUACACGGGGGAGGGGGAGUGGAAUGGUGGAAGGGCUACGGGGAACGUAUUUAUUUUCACGGAUUGCGUCGGAUUCCGUUGGUUCAGUGCAAAUGCUGGGCGCCGUGUUCCGAGGCGGGCGUUCAUUUCGCAUUUAAACGUAGUGACAAAUCAAAUCAAAGCAGCGUCUCGUUAGUCCGUUUAAACCCUCCUAGGCUAGCGUCCCAAGAUUACUCUUCCCACUACUCCACUCUCGCUGUCCGACCCUUUCUUUGUUUCACCUCCCUCUUUCACUCUCCCCGUUUAUUCUUUGCUUUGAUAUAAACAACCGGUUACGUCUCUUUUCGUCCGACGUAAAUUUUCCAUGAGAUAAAAUACUUUUCCAUUUAUUUUGCCUUUCUUCGCGUAUAUACCUCUUUCUUUCUAAUUCUUUGCAUCGUGGAAGAAACCGAUCGCGUUCUUACGUAUCGUCAUUUCUUCUCGUCGAAGUCGUCAAUCCGUAACCGGUUGAAAAAUAUUUAAUUAUAUCGCCCGUCUAUUUUCGUUCGCGUUUCUCUUCACGCGCGCACGCACGCACACACACACACGACUCAUAUUCGAACGUUUUAGGCCGAUUUUAGGCCGAGAUUUUCGCGAAACGGUCGGCUACCUCAAGCACAAGGAUUUACAUAAGCGAGAAACGAGACUGGAAAAUAAAGGUGGCGCGGUAUCGUCAAAUCCGCGCCCCCAUUGUCCUUCUGUCUGUGUUUCUUUACUUUUCUCUCUCUCUUUCUCUGUCUUUAUACCUUUAUAUAAACCGUACACACACUUACAUAUAUAUAUAUAUAUACAUACAUACGUACACACAUAAAUAUAUAUAUAUAUACAUGCGCGCGCGAGUAAAAGCGCAUAAGUAUAAAAAUACACACCACCGAAGGGAGCAAAAGACACAAAGUUUAGAAUUCGUAAAAAAAAAGUGGACGGUUCCUUUUUCUUUUCCUGCUUAAGCCCGCUGAAGUCGAGUGAAGAGAACCGUUUUCAGAAGGAGAUAAAGAGAAGGGAAAAAAGGAAGAGGAGGAGAAGAAGAAGAAGAAGAAGAAGAAGAAGAAGAAGAUUGUAAAUUGAAGCAAUAAUAGACGCGACCUUUACCGUUAGGAAACACAUUACGAACACACACACACACACACCGAGGUAUAUUUAGAGACGAGAUUUCACGUUUAUACGAACUUAAGCGUAUUAUACAUAUAUACAUAUAUAUAUAUAUACAUAAAUAAUAUAUAUAUUUAUUUAUUAAUUUAUGAUGUUAAGUUUGGAAAGAUGUUACGUUUUGAAUACGAGAUAAAAAGAGAAAAGAAAAAAAGAAAAAUAUACCUGAUGCAUCAGCAAGAACGUGCGUACGUAUCCAUUACGAAGCAUCAUGGAGGAAAGGGAUGGAUCGGACUCUCGAGUUCUCGAGUAUCGAUGUUCGCGCUUUCGAUCAUAAGUAACUGGGCAUUUUGUACGUAUAAUUUUUCAGAAGAUCAAGUAUUAAGAAAUUAUUCUCUUCUUAACGAGUCAAAACACGCGGAAGGCCAUUCUUCACUCACGAGAUACGUGAAAUAAUUUAUUUAUCAAUCAUAAUCGUGUCCAGCGAUUUAUGAACGAACUAUGUGCUCCGGCACGACGAGUUCUCGAGAAAAAUUGUCACCGAUCAUCUCGCGAAACGAUCGCGCGAACUCGAUGGGCUUCUAUAGUCCCACAUCCAUAACACGGCCAUGCGCGUUUUGUGCCGUCGUGGUGCCGCGUCCUCGAAACGCAACGCGUCUACAAAUUUAAUGGAAUAUCGAAUUCCGACUGAUUAAAGCCUCCCGACGCGAUGCCUCCUCGAGAGGAAGUUCGCCAAGUUAAAUAUUCAAUUCGCCACGGUAAACCUUCCCCUCGAAUUCUCGCUCGCUCGAAAAAUCUGGGAAUCGAUGUAGGAUUUCGGGAAUAGUAAUUCCAAUCGAGGCAAUAAUAGCCUCUGAUUCGUGAAACGGGGUCAAGUUAUUAUUCCUUAAAAAAUAUUAGAUCUGAUUGGAGGGGGGGGGAUAGGGGAGAGUGGCCAGAACAAUCUUUCCACCCAAUCUUCGAACCAUCUUUUGAAAAUUAGCUUGAAUUAUUAAGUCAAGGAAGACGAGGUUAAAUUGGAUCGAUUGUUAUCUGUAUUUAAUUAUCGGAUCGUUACGGAUGAAAUGAUCGAAAUAUUAAGAGAAUAGAACAAGAGUUUCGAUUAUUUUGAGAGUAUUAUUGUUCGAAUAAUAAUUUUAAUAAGAAUGAUGCGUUUUUCACGGAAUUUUGCAUAUUAAUGCAGAAUAACGUUUCAAAUAUUCCUCGAAAAAAACUGAUUUCAAGUUUUCGACAAGUAGUAUAAAUGAUUUUUUAUCAGACCGGUGUAGGACGCAUCGAUCGGCGAGUUAAAUUCUCGGGCGAUAUAACUUCCACAUAAAAUAAACUCGCAUAAAACUUGAAAAUCCCCUAACACACAAGUUCCACCGCACUACGAAACGAAAUUCAAAAGCAAGAGAGCUGCCAACGGUAAAUAAUAACCGUAUUCCAUUGAAGUUUCGCUCAAAGCUUUAGCUUUAUACAGGGUGCACCAGGUUUUUCCCUGCAAAAUGAUGCCAGCAUAUUCCAUGUGUAAAAACAAGAAGAAAUAUCGUAUAAACAUGGACUCAUGAAUGUUUUAUUAAAAAGUUGUAAGAAAUGGAUCAUUUCCGUAAAAAAAUUUUUAUUUCAUUAUGCAAGAAUAAACAACUAUUUAGAGAUUGAUUGAUUAAUCGAUAUUUUCUAUCAUUUUCCACAAAUGUUUACCAUCUUUUUUUCGAAAUAAAAAAGCGAGAGUUGAAAAAGCGCUGAACUUCUUUUUCAUAACAAUUUUGAUAAUAGAAACGAAAAAGUUUUACAAAAAUAUUUAAUAAAUCCUGAUUUAUCUGAUUACCAAAAAGAAGUUUGACAAAUUAUAAAAAGAUUUAUAAUUUAUAAUUUAGAAGCAAUAUUAUUAAUUAGUGAAUUAUCGUGCAAAUUGCACUUUAACGCAAUUUUACAACAAAAAAAAAACUUGAUACACCCUGCAUACCAUUUGCCCAACAAUUCCAAGGAUGUACAAAUGGGCGAAACGCGAUCCGGAAAAGGUUCAAAUAGAAUUUACGCCUGGGGCUAGCUCGUGGCGGUCGAAUUUGAACAACUCCCUUGAUACCAGCCCGCUUAAUUUACGCCAGGCAAUCAAAUCGUCCCGAUAGCCGGCAGCCAACACAAAGGAUCGAAACGGCCCGAGAACAACUCGAUGAAAUAUUCGUGCCACCUGUAAGAACGCGCGUUCCCAAAGCGAUGAAAUCGGCGAGAGCACGAUCGAUGCCCCAUCUCGUGUACUUUUUCGACACUUUUCGGUGAUCGGCCGGCGGACAACUGUGAAAAAUUAAUUUUCCCCCAAGCAACCGAUCCCUGACCAGUGAACCGAGGGUAAAAACAUUCACCUUCGAACCAUGAUACGGCCCCAGUGACCUAGAAACCCCGAAUCUCUCGUUCAACUUUCGUCCGACCGUCCAUCACUGGGAACUUUCCAAGUUUCGAUAGGGAAGUUGGCGAUCCAACGGUUGUCACGGUCAAACCGGAAACUUAUUUGCAACGAUAGGAUCCUUCUCGCAGAGAUUUGAUUACGAGACGAUUUUUCAAUUUCCAUUUCAUUUUUCACGCUCGUGGAACGGGGAACUGGGAAGUUUUAUAAUCUGAACGAGGAGAUUAUACAUGUUUGAUAAUAUUCCAAAGUUUUGACGUGUACGAGAGAAUAAAAAGUGCUUGAGGUUAAGUUGGAAAAUUCGAAUUGAAGAGCGGAUUGGUCGGAUCAAACUUUUGCAUACGAUUUUUACGGAGAGUUGUUGGGCAGUUGUCGUUUAUCAAAUAUCUGACAAUCUCGAUACGAAUAGAAUUCCCAACUGUUGUUAAUAGUUUCAAAACCAAUUUGAAAAACCGUGUGACACGUAGCUUUUAUCGUUAGCCCCAUUUAGCCAUCCUGCAACGCCCUCCAGAUUAAUUCGAUUCGAAUCGAGCGAGCGUUCGAGGACAGGAGGGAACCAAAAUAAGGAAAACGAGUUCGAGAAUCCAACAGAAGGGAAGUUUCGAGCGAAGGAAAUCUAGAUUAAAGAGCAAUUAGGAGAAAAGGAAAAAAAAACUCCGAACGAAAAGAAAGGGAAAUCAAAAAUAAAAAGAACGAAUGAAAGAAAAACCGAGCCACUGGACCAUCUUCUGACAGGCCAAAAUAUUAGAGUUGGAAGCGUUUUCAUUGGACCCACUUUCCCGCUCGAUUAGCCAAGAUUCCACGGUGGCACUUCGCCCGACUCGUUAGUCAUGGUAGUUAGUCAUGCUACAUGGAUCUCAUUCCAAGGAACGAAGAAGAAGAAAGAUGAAAAAGAGGGGGAGACUGCUCGAGCAGCCGUACAGUCGAUGGAUAGAAAUGAAAAUGGUUUCCCUCUGUUCCCAUUUCCUUCUACGUUCCUGUCAGUAUCCCUUUUUAUCUUUUUUUUUUUUCCUAUAUUUUUCCCUUUUUUAUCCUUUCCGGUUUCAUGUCACAGGGAUUUCGAUGCGUUCGAGGCGCGCUCCAUCAGCGGCUAUUUUUGUAUGUACAUAUAGACACAAAAGCUGCGCAACGUCGAAUGCACAUCACCGUUCCUCAGGCGCAUAAACGUCCGUCUUCAGUGUUGAUUGUUUUUUGCUGUUUAUAUUAUUCCCAAUUUCUCUUCAUCUUUUUACACUUUGUCUGUCUGUCUGUCUGUCUGUCUGUCUGUCUGUCUGUCUGUCUGUCUGUCUGUCUGUCUGUCUGUCUGUCUGUCUGUCUGUCUGUCUGUCUGUCUGUCUGUUUGUCUGUCUAUCUAUGGUAAUAUCUCCGCCGGUUUCAUAACAACGAUGCGAGAAAAUACAUUUAUUAAACGAUUUCGUGAUCCUUUCGAAAGCAGUGAAAAAAGCUGCUUCGAAUGCUCGAUGAGACAGCGUAUCGCGAUGAAAAUGAAGAUGAUGAUGAUGAUGAGCGUCGUCGCUGCUUGAUAACUCGAGUAUUAGUCUCGUUCGUUCAAGCCUUCGUCGAUAUUAAUGCGGCUAAUGAACGAUUAACUCGACAGAGAACGGGAUUUCUUGCUAUGUUUGGGAAAAAUUUCUUGAAUAUACUAAAAAAUUUAUUAUAAUUAAAUUUAUUAUAUUUGUUAUUCAUUUAAUUUAAAUUUUGAUAAAAUUUAUCAAAUUUUGCUUUUUUUAAAGAAAAAUUUUUAAAAAUUAUUAUCUUUGAAAAAUUAAUAAUAUAAAUAUUGGAAAUCAUAUUUUUAAAAAAUUAAAAUUAGAUUUGAUCUAAAAAAAUAUAUAAAAUUUUGCAUGAAAUCUUUCUUAUAAUAUAUUAUAAGAAUUUCUUAUAAAAAAAAGGAAUAUGCGAAUUACAAUAUCAUAUUUACUUAAAUUUCCAUUUAAUUUACAGAAAAUAAGUAUAAAUUUGAAAUAAGUGUAUCAUAAUCUGCUACCAAUUUAUGAAGCAUGAAAUACCUAGUGAAACAAAACAAAUUAAUACUGAUUUAUAUACUAAUAUACUAAUCCUCGGAUAAUAACAUGAAAGUAUUUUAUCGUGAUUACAAUAAUAUUUAUUUAUACAAUCAUGAUAAUCUUACAGUAUUCAAGCAAUUUCUUCUCAAACAUCAGGAUAUUUGUCAAUCCAUUUGCAAACUCAUGUAUCUGACGUUUAAUGGAGCUGUAAUAACUUAUAGAAUAAUUAAGGUUAGAAUUAAGACAAUAUUAAAAAAAAAAAUUUUUUAUUGAGCGUAUAAUAGAGAAACGAUAUUGUUCGUACAAUUCGUUACAUAUUGUUUGCGUAUUUUGCGUGCGUUUAUGAAACCGGCUUACGAAUGCAUCCACUGUUUGUGCCAUUCUUAACCUUUUCUUCAUCUUUCGUCUGCUCUGUUGUAUCCCAAUAGUUUAUAUCCUGAUAGAAAAAGAACUGCGAAAAUCAAAAAGAAAUCCAAUGUAACUUGUUUUAUUGUAAAUCUAUCCCGCUUGUAUCUACAUAUGUGAAUUUUUCCUGUAAAUAUUAGUAUAAUAGUUUCGUGUAUUCAUAAUU